UCGUGAAAGGGAUGAUGAAAGGGAUGACGGCAGCUGCAUGAAAGCGGAAGAGUUAUGGGCCGCUAACACCUGUCACUGGCCACCGGUUUCCCGGAGUUAGCGGCAGCGACCUUGCAGCCUCGGCACUAGCCAGGCGCUCCCUCUUCUCACCGCUGCCCACGUUUCCUCGCUUGGGAGCCCAUCGUCCUGGCUCCGGUGGCCUCGCUGGGUCUCGGGGAGGCGGAGGACUGUUCUUCCCUGUGGCGAAAACCCAGAGUCGGCCCUAGGCACCCACGACUCACAGGGUCCGCGGUUCCGGAGGCCGUGAGACCUGCCGGGGCUGACAGGUGCCAGGGCCCAUGGUAAAGAAGCUAAGUGGAAGAGUGUUUCCUCCUCUGGCCGUAAAGCAGGCACUCUCUGCAGCACCAGCUGUCCCCGCCCUACUACUGACCGCCCCAAAGACUCCAUGGGCUGAGUCAGCCAAAUCCCAGCCCCUUCCCUUGGGCCUGCCGUGGUGCUGGACAUCAGUGACAGACGGAAGCAGCAGACCAUCGAGGUCAGUGGGAUUUAGGCCAUCUGAGAGACAUGGGGGGAAGGUCAGGUCACUGCCCAUGAGCUUGGAGGGCUGGCGUGUGACGUGCUUCUGUGCUUCUGCAGGCCACAGGAGGCCCGGGGCGCUCGGGAAGAUGAAGUUUGGCUGCCUCUCCUUCCGGCAGCCUUAUGCUGGCUUUGUCUUAAAUGGAGUCAAGACUGUGGAGACGCGCUGGCGUCCCCUGCUGAGCAGCCAGCGGAACUGUACCAUCGCCAUCCACAUUGCUCACAGGGACUGGGAAGGCGAUGCCUGGCGGGAGCUGCUGGUGGAGAGGUUCGGGAUGACUCCUGCUCAGAUUCAGGCCUUGCUCAGGGAAGGGGAAAAGUUUGGUCGAGGAGUGGUAGCGGGUAAGUGACAAUGUACCAAAUGUGCAGACAACGCCUAGGGCUGCCACCCAAGAUCUUGCUUGGGAGUUUGGGGGCUUCUCUUGUCGUCUGAACUGAUUGGUGUGUAUAACACAGUUCCUUUUGGCAACACACCUUCAAAGGGACAGCCAGGGCCUUGGGCUGGGGGUUGGCGUGCCUAGCUUCCGCGAGCUCUGGUAAAUCAUUUCUCCGCUCUGGGCCUCAGUUCCUGUUUCUGAUCUCAGUGAGAAGCCUGGUCAGGUCCAUGUGCACAUGGUGUUUGUGGUGUUUGGCUGUGUGUGUGUUUGUGUGCAUACAUGUGUGAGUGCACAUGUGUGGCAGAGACCAUGAAAAGCAGCCCAGCCCGCCGAAUGGGUCAGGUGGCCUCUAGAGUUGGGCUGCCUGCCUGGCUUCAUGAGCCUGCCCCAGCCCCACCACUCACAGCACCCUGGGCAAGUCCCCUAACCUCUGGGUGACUGAGGCCGGACAUCAGCACCUGUCCCCUGGUGACCUGCUCAGGCAUCACCUGUAGCUUCCCAGGCCCUCCCCCUGCCUCUCCCAGCAUUUCCUGUAUCGGGUUUGGCUCGUUAUCAAAGCUAUGGAAGAAGGACUUGACUCCCUUCUUGUCCUUCUACUGAUGCCAUCUUACUCUCUAUUGAUUGUGACUUUGAGUAACCAUGUUGUCACAUGGGCAGGCCUUGGGCUAUGGAAGUGAAAGGCAUUCAUGUGUAUCUCUCUUUGUGUACAGGACUCGUUGACAUUGGGGAAACUUUGCAAUGCCCCGAAGACUUAACUCCUGAUGAGGUUGUGGAACUAGAAAAUCAAGCUGUACUGACCAACCUGAAGCAGAAGUACCUGACUGUGAUUUCAAACCCCAGGUGGUUACUGGAGCCCAUACCUAGGAAAGGAGGCAAGGAUGUAUUCCAGGUAGACAUCCCAGAGCACCUGAUCCCUUUGGGGCAUGAAGUGUGACAAGUGUGGGCUCCUGAAAGGAAUGUUCCAGAGAAACCAGCUAAAUCAUGACACCUUCAAUUCGCCAGCAUGAUGCAGACCUGUAUACAUUAGGUUAACUCUGAAUUUCCACUGCUUUGUAGAGUCCCACCCACUAAGCACUGUGCAUGUAAACAGGUUUCUUUGCUCAGAUGAAGGAAGUAGGGGGUGGGGCUUUCCUUGUGUGAUGCCUCUUUAGGCACACAGGCAAUGUCUCAAGUACUUUGACCUUAGGGUAGAAGGAAAAGCUCCCAGUAAAUGUCUCAGCAUUGCUGCUAAUUUUGGCUCUGCUAGUUUCUGGAUUAUACAAAUAAAUGUGUUGUAGAUGA